GCUGUCCUCCAGACCUGUAGAUGGCGCUAAUUAAAAGUACCGGUCUGUAACUCGGUUUUUUUUGUCCUAGCUAGGCUUCCUUCCUUCCACAGCGUGUAUUUCAAUGACAUUGUAAGCUUUCAUAAGAGAGCUGUGUUUUCCAGUUUUUAAUCAUGUCGCUAGCUUUCUUAUUUAGAGCUGUUACAAGAGAAGCCGUAAAGGUGAGCGUCAGACAGCCUGUGCAGUGUUUGCACUCCGGAUGUCAGCUGCUGUCUGCAGAUAAAGCCCUGCUGAUGAAACUGAGGAAAAGCACCGGCUACACCUUCAUUAAAUGCAAGGAAGCUCUGGAGAGGUUUGAGAAUGACAUAGCACAGGCUGAAAGCUGGCUACAUGAGCAGGCCCAGAAAGAAGGCUGGAGCAAAGCCAGCAAGCUGGAGGGUCGAAAAGCCAAAGAGGGUCUGAUCGGCCUGUUUGUGGGGAAACAAGCCGCAGCGAUGGUGGAGGUGAACUGUGAGACUGAUUUUGUUGCCCGUAAUGAGAAGUUUCAGCAGCUGGUGAAGGAUGUCACUCUUGCCACAUUGGCACACCAUCAGGAUAAAAACCAAAACCUGACAGGAUAUGUAAAGAGUGUCCUGUCUGGUGACGAGUUGAAUAAACUCGGUGUGGGAGAAGGAUCUUCACUAGCUGACCAUGUUGCUCUCACAAUAGGUCGUCUUGGUGAGAACAUGUCUUUAAAGCGGGCAGUGACCGUGGGAGUCCCUGCUGAGUGGCACAUAGGCUCAUACGUACAUGGCAACGUCAGCGGUCAGACGGAGGUGACAAUGGGUCGCUAUGGCGCUCUGGUUGUUUUCCAGGGUGGAAAGGACGAAGAACGAGACACUUUAGGUCGUAAACUCGGCCAGCAUGUAGUGGGGGAGGCCCCUUUGUCUCUAGGGAACGUGGAUGACCUGCCUUGUGGUGAAUCUGAGACACGGCUGCUGCCUCAGACCUUUCUGGGAGACCCCAGUAGGACUGUGGCAGAGUUCCUCAAGGGACAACAGGCUCGAGUGUUGGACUUUGUCCGAUUUCAGUGUGGAGAGACACUAGGAGAGCAAUAAGGAGUUCCCAUAACAUUUCUCUGUGUUUUUCAUGUACAGCGACGAAAUGCAAGAGAAGGAUUCACAGAAUGGUAUGACAAAUGUGAUGAAGUUGAAAAUGUAACAAUAAACUUUUUACCAGUAAAUGUUCAA